AUGGGAUCACCAGCGCGAGGGACAGCGGAGCGGUCCCAUAAAGGAAAACUUAACAUUGGUGUUGAAACCAUUCAGCAUGGGGUAGAAGGACUAACAUAUCUUCUUACUGAAAGCUCCAAGCUCAUGAUUUCUGAGAUAGACUUCCAAGAUUCCAUUCAUGUUCUGGGAUUCUCAGAUGAAUUGAACAAAUUACUGCUUCAGUUGUACCUCGAUCACAGGAAGGAGAUCAGAAGCAUUCUCAGUGAGCUGGCACCAAAGCUUCCCAGCUAUCACAGUCUUGAAUGGAGACUGGAUGUGCAGCUUGCAAGCAGAAGUUUGAGACAACAGAUUAAGCCUGCUGUGACUCUAAAGCUACACCUUAAUCAGAAUGAAGAUCAAACUGCCCAGGUGUUGCAAACCGACCCUUCUACCCUCCUCCACCUAAUUCAGCAACUGGAACAAGCGCUGGGGGAAAUGAAAACAAACCAUUGCAGGAGAAUAGUGCGCAACAUGAAAUAGUAUUGAUUCAUAGCUGUUGUCUUACUAAGUGGUUUGUGAAACAACUAAAAACAAUGUUCACAAAUACAUUUUGAGGAAAAAUAAACAUCUGGAUCAGAUGAAAUGCUUUCCUGUGCCAGGAUCUUGAGGCAGUAAUUAUAGGCUGAAUGUCUAUAGGUGCUAACUUUACACUCCUGCCUGAUAUGAGAUAGGUAAUUGAUUUUGCUUUACUUGCAAAUGUAGAAAUUCAGCAUGCUAUGCUGAGACUUUCUUUAGCUCUAAAUUAGUAUAGUUCUACUCAAAGAACUUUCCUACAUAAAGUAGAGCUGUCUCAAUAUUGUAUGAAGCUGUACAUUUAUUUUUACAUUUAUCAAGUAGUUUUUUCCCUUGGUUUUGCUUCUGUUUUGAAAUUUAAAAAAGAAAAACAAAAACCCUAUACUGGUGGGAAUGAUACUUUACAGGAGUGUUUCUUCCAUCAAACUGAGGUAUGUGUAAGAGUACAUGUGGGACUACUGCCCUCUUCCUCCAAAGGAUUCGGUCAACUUAGAGGCUGGGUGUAACACGCUUUUCUACCCUUGCGUAAUGAAAGAAAGUCUAAUCAAGCUAACGCUUCCAUUUUAAUGAAGCUGGCUGUAAUUCCUACUAGGCAGUCUCCUGCUUUCUGCAGGUAGUAGUUACCAUAGAAAACCCAAGAGCCUAAACAUAAGUUAACAUACUGAUUAUUUCUAUAUGUAAAGGUGAUCUGAAAAAUUGAAGAAGUAAAACCAUGAGCUAGGAGGCAGGUUAAGAAUAGUGUUAACUUCUGCUAAAUCUGAUCUUCAUGUUGUGAUGCAAUAAUUUUUGUCCCCCUAUUUGGAUAGUGUGCUCAUAAAGGAAAGACUAGCUAAGUAUUGCAACAUAAAUGAUGCUUUUCCAUUUUUAAGAAAAAUGUCUAACGGAGGUUAUGUCAAAAGUCACUUUUCAGUUUUAUUCUAAUGCAAUACUCUGUAGCUUUUGUGACUAAGGUUUAACAGUUUUACUAAUUUUUUACUGUCACUAGUAAGGGUGCAUCAUAAAGCCCUUAAAGUACAUUGGAGAGGACAGAUAGGCAAGAGAGAACCUUAACAUACAAAUUCUGGCAAUAACUCUGUAUUUACUGUCUCUCAUAUCAGCACCAUAAAUUUCUGUAUUAGUUGUGUUCCUACCUUCACAAGUGCAUUCUUACUGUUUUGAAUUUUUUGUACCUUUGAGAGGUAGUGUUUCAAAUGAAACCUGCAUGGCAGAAGUGCUUUCAUCAGUAACACUUAAUACCACUUUAAAAAAAAGUCAGUUUUCUAGAAUAUGGAGUUGCUUAUUCUCUAAUUGCUUUAUAUAGUGUGAACAAACUUAAUUUCUUCUCCUGUACAUGAAUCAGCAAUAUGUUUCAUUUACCAUCCAUAUGUGGUGACUUUUUUUCAUAGAAUUGUAGAAUUUUCUUCACAUACAGUAUGUGGUAAUUAAACGUGAUCAAAUGUUACUACUUGUUAUUUCUGAUUAGUAUUUUUUUAGGUAAUUGGCCUACAUUUUCAGGUGAAAUACAAGAACAGCCUGUACGUAGGCCAGCAUUUUCUCUUUAUUCCAUCCCUACUCACUACAGCCAUAGUCUAGAACUCAUGGCAGCAAACCAGAAGUUUUAGAUAUAAGUCCUAGAGGCUUUCCGUGUCUCAUCUCACUACUGCCCUAUGAAUCUGAACACAUUUACCUUUCUAUCUCUUAAACUUCUUAAAAGAAGGAAACUAGCAGCUGUAGAGCUAGUUGGCGUCAUGGUAAAUGCUGGCAAUUUACAUGUGUGUCAUGUCCUGAAGCAUGUGCAAGAAGAAGAGGGGAGGGCUUCCCUUGCUGGUCAUGGGUAAAAUGGGCAGUUCAAAGUGGAUUUUGUGAAUACAGAAUGUCAUUAGAAAGCCUGCAUAUUCCCUUUUUUUUUGAAGCUUAUUACAAUAGCACAGAAGUAAAAACUGCAGCGCUGAAUGGUCUUGUUUCCCCUAACAAAAAAUUACCUGAACUGAGAAUGGUCAAGGUUAAACUUCGACGCUGGGUGAAAUUUAGAGAAACUCAAACUCUGGCAGUGAUCCAUGAACAGACUCAAGACGAAAAGUAAGGAGAAAGAUCCUUAACACCAGGCAUGCUGCUUUUGAACCGUACCUUUCAGUUUGUUCCGGGGAGAAGCACUGAGCCUGGAAAGCAGCUUCUCAGCAGCUAGGGACUGUAGCACUUGUUGGACAGGUACGUUUGCCUUCAUGUGUGGUUGGCGUGGGUCUUUCUACAGCUCUGCAAAUUCCCCCUUUCCCUCUCUUCACAGCACCGAGGGCUUUGCAGCUGCCAUGACAGAAGUAGUAAUGUGCAGACACAGCAGAAUUAUGUCUAAAAGGCGAUGGUCAGUGUGAAUGCACAGCAAAUGAUGCUUCCUGCCAUUGAUGUUAUCAUGCUGAUUGGAGUUACCAAUGCUGGAAUUAUGGUAUUUCUAUAGCUGCUGUUUUGUAGGGCAGUUGAAGUGGGAGAGUAAAAAAUAAUCUACUUCAGUGACCCAUAGAUAGUGGCAAAAUAAGAAUUCAGUCAUGGAUCUGGAUUUUUCUGUUUUAAUGUAAACUCUGUCCAAAAUGAAAGGUGACUCAUAAAACUAUAAUUAAUAUAACUUGUUUCCUUUCAUGAAUUUGCAAUUGCUUUAUAGAAACCCUUGAACAAGACAUGGAGAGUACAAAGCAUUAUUCGUAAGCUAUUAAAAAAAUACACGUAUAUGUAAUGUUGCUACUUUUAACCCGUUUUAUUUUUUAUAGGCUUUUUAAAAUUUGCUCUGGUAUCUAGCCACUAAAAGCAAAGUUAAAUUUGAGGCCAUUUAGCUACUAUUUUUUUGCAAGGCUGGAAGAACUGAUUGUUGAUUUUAUAACAGAAAAAAGUGACUUUCAACUUAACCUCUGAAAAAGUAAUAUAACUGAUUUGUAGGCAGUGCAGCAUUUUAAUCGUAAAGCAAUUUACAAAUGCCAAUGAAGUUCUGAAUAAUCUGUGAGGAAGUUGAGUGUAUUACUAUCUCAUUUUUAGAAAUCUAUUAAGUAUGGAAGGUAAUCUGUUACCCUCAGCGUAGAACUUCUGUAUGUUUUGGUUUACUGCAAAUUUAACUUUGCUUUGCAGAACUGUCCUUCCUGUGUAUGUGAAGUAACUUCGGCCUUUAGGAAGUAAGUGACUUGCGAAUGGCUCCCUGGCACCUUUUUGACAGACCACUACAUUCAGGUGAACUUCGUGCCAGUGCAGAGUCCAAGCGCAUACAUAGAACAACUGAAAAUCCAACUAGUUUAUGCUUAAACUAGAUUAUUUUCUUAAAAGCAGAGUUAGGCUCAGCCCUUAGCUAUAUGCUUCUCAGCAGACUUGUAUCCCAGUUUAUUUUUUCCUGGUCUAAACAGCAGAGGGCACAAAGUUUGUUUUUUACAGUCUCCAAAGGAGAAGUUCCGCUUUACAACCAUUUUCAGCGUUUGUCGUCCAAUAAGAAUUGUUCAUAGUCUCAAGACUUAGCUUGGAAUGUAUUUCACCUUAUAUUUUCCAAAUUUGUGAUCAAUUUUACACUGAAAACAAUAAAACUUAGUUUUCAACCACUGCAAAACAUUGUUUCUUGAAUCUGCUAAUUAAUCCGCUAAGCAACUUAGGAAAGAACAUCAUAUAUCCCAACUUAAAACUCGGGACAAUGUAAUUUGUUUGGUGGUGUAAAAAGUUUGUAUUCUUUUAAGCACUGAGUAGACUCAAGAAGCAAUGCUCUUCUUCCUCCUGUCUUUGUUUUUAAAUCCUUUUGAAUGAAUUCUGUAUGAUCACUCCCUAUUUUGUAAAAUCUAUCUUUUAAGCUUCUGAU